CCUAACUUUCAGGAUGGAAGUCACCAACGUGCUGAGAGCAGUGGGAAGCAUGAGGGUGCAGUCUUCCCUGGACCCAGCUGUGUCUCCAUGAAUAGUGACCGUUCUAUGGGUCUUUUUCCUGACUUCAAAAAAGGACAACCCUCCAGAAAGGAGAGACAACACCAGGUGUGUUCAAAGGUUACCGGUGCUCAGUGUGUACCGCAACUUCAAACAGAGCUGAUCAAGAUGGCUGAGGAGAGGGUACACGCUUUUGUAGACAAGGAGCUGAAGAAGCUCUGGAGGGAUAUUUUCCCGCAUGACCCACAAGGCUCAGAGACUCAGAGGGAGGAGGAGGAGGAGUGGUCGGAUUGUAAGAAUGAGGAUCAGAGGAGGCGUGCCAUAGAGGGAGUAGUAGACAUCACAAAGCUCUGUCUGAUGGAGCUCAACCAGGAUGAACUCGCCGGCAAACUGAGGAGCGAAUCUGUUGCUGUAGAGUGCCAACAUAAAAUCAAGGCUCAUCUGAUGGAGAAGUUCAGGUGUGCGUUUCAGGGAGUUGCUAAAGCAGGACUGCCAACAGGUCUGAAUACCUUCUACACAGAGCACUACAUCACAGAGAGAGGCAGUGGAGAGGUCAACAAGGAGCAUGAGGUCAGACUGAUUGAAACAGCUGCCAAGAAAACUGCCAAGGAGGGAACAAAAAUUAAAUGUGAAGACAUCUUUAAACCCUUGCCGGGACAAGAUCAACCAAUCAGAACAAUAAUGACAACUGGGGGUAGCUGGCAUUGGUAAAACCGUCUUAACAUA